AUGGGCCAUCUCACUACCGUCGCUACCUGCACCCUGAACCAAUGGGCCCUUGAUUGGGAGGGCAAUACAGCCCGAAUCAUAGAGUCCAUCAAGCGUGCAAAGCAGGCUGGUGCCAAGCUGAGAGUAGGCCCGGAGCUGGAGAUCUCUGGAUAUGAUUGCCUUGAUCAUUUCCUCGAGAACGAUGUCUACCUUCAUUCUUGGGAAAUGAUGGCACGAAUUCUCGCUGAUGAAGAAUGCCAUGGGAUUUUACUGGACAUUGGGAUGCCAAUCAUGCACAGGAAUCUUCGCUUCAACUGCAGAGUUAUCGCAAUAGAUGGCAAGAUCUUACUCAUUCGUCCCAAAAUCUGGCUGGCAAACGAUGGGAACUAUCGCGAAAUGAGGUACUUCACUCCAUGGGAACGUCCCCGGCAUGUGGAGGACUAUUACCUCCCACGAAUCAUCCAGAGGCUUCAAGGCAGUACGAAAGUUCCCUUUGGAGACGCUGUCAUUUCAACCCCAGAUACGUGCCUGGGCGCGGAGACAUGCGAGGAGCUAUUCACACCCGCUGGACCACACGCAGACAUGGGGUUGAACGGCGUUGAGAUUUUCACGAACAGUUCUGGAUCCCAUCAUAAUUUAAGAAAGCUUGAUCAACGUGUUUCCCUGAUCCUCGAGGCUACUCGGAAAAGUGGAGGAAUAUAUCUUUAUUCAAACUUACAAGGAGGGGGCGGGGAACGACUGUACUACGAUGGAUGCAGCAUGAUUGUCGUUAAUGGCGAGAUCGUCGCUCAGGGAACCCAGUUCUCUUUGAACGAUGUCGAAGUGGUCACUGCAACCGUCGAUUUAGAGGAGGUUAGGGCGUUCCGGUUUGCACCCAGUCGAGGGUUGCAGGCGGUCCGCGCUCCUGAAUACAGACGUAUCGAGACUUCUUUCAGCCUAUCUGCGGAAAGUGACCAGUUAGACCCCGGUCUCUCUCCAUCGCCCCGACUCGACGUCCGAUACCAUCUCCCUGAGGAGGAGAUUGCCUUUGGCCCUGCAUGCUGGCUGUGGGAUUAUCUACGUCGUUCCCAACUUGCUGGGUUCCUCGUUCCCUUGAGCGGUGGAAUCGACUCAUGCGCCACUGCUAUCAUAGUUUUUUCGAUGUGCCGUCUUGUUAUAGAAGCAAUUGAAAAGGGGAACCAGCAAGUCGUCACUGACGUUAAGCGGAUUGCUGGAGUGUAUGAGAAGGAAGGCUGGUUGCCCAAAACACCCCAAGAGCUGUGUUAUAACAUUUUCCACACCGUCUAUAUGGGCAUGGCAUCGCAGUCCUCCAAGGAGACGAGAAGCAGGGCCAAAGACCUAUCGAAGGCAAUUGGCGCAUAUCAUGUUGACCUCAACAUUGACGAUAUUUUCAAUGCUCAGAAGGACACCUUUGCUAAAGCAACAGGAUUCGACCCCAAGUUCAAAGUUUAUGGUGGCACCCAGGCGGAAAAUCUUGCACUUCAGAAUAUUCAGGCGCGAACUCGAAUGGUAACUGCGUACGAGUUCAGUCAAUUACUACCAACCGUCAGAAAGAGGCCUGGAGGAGGUGGAUUGCUAGUCCUUGGUAGUGCCAAUUGCGACGAGGCUCUUCGUGGUUACUAUACUAGAUACGACUGCUCGUCCGCCGACAUUAACCCAAUUGGUUCGAUCUCCAAGAAAGAUUUGAAACUAUUUAUUGCGUGGGCGCAAAAGGAAUUCGAACUCCCAAUUCUCGUGGAUUUUCUCAAUGCCACACCCACAGCAGAACUGGAGCCCAUAACGAAAGAUUAUGUGCAAGCGGAUGAAGUGGAUAUGGGCAUGACGUAUGAUGAGCUGUCGACGUUCGGAAUCUGCCGUAAAGUAUUGAAAUUGGGCCCAUAUAGCAUGUUUGAGAAGUUGCUGCACGAGUGGAAGGGCUUGAAGCCGCGAGAUAUAGCAACAAAGGUCAAAAGAUUCUAUCACUAUUACGCUGUUAAUCGGUUUAAAAUGACGACCUUGACCCCGUCGUACCAUGCAGAAUCAUAUUCGCCAGAUGAUAAUCGAUAUGAUCUUCGUCCAUUCUUACUUCCACCUCAGUACUCGAGCCUCCCGUUCAAGAAAAUUGAUGAACUGGUGGAUAAAAUAGAAAAUAGCGAGAAAGGCGAGAGUUCAUCUAAGUGAACCAUUUUGUAUAUAAAACAGUUUUGUACACGAUGAAUGGCUCAAUAGACAUUGACUCUGG